ACAAAUAAUGCUCGUAAUUAAUAUCUUGAUUUGCAUUAUAUUAUAAAUAUUAUAGUAGUGAAAAUACAAAAAAAUUAUUUUAAUGGCACUAAUUCCUCCGGAUCCAAGAUACCUCUUUCGAGGUGAUAUGGGUUGUGUUCAUUGUAUUCUUUUCCAAAUAACCUCCAAUGUAGAACAUUUUUGUGCAGGUACCGCUACAGGAAAUAUUCAUAUUUGGGAUUUGAAUACAAACAGGGAGUUAUGUCGGAUCAUAUCAGAACAAGAUUGUUGUUUAAGUUUGCAAAGUUUAAGUAAUGAUAACUUGCUUGUACAACAUAAAUGUAGUUUAAUAAAAGUAUAUAAGAAAACAGAAUCUCAGUGGAUUGUACAUAAAUCUGUCAACAUAGACUUUUACCACUAUUGCAGGUUCCAAGUUUCUGGAAAUGAAAUAUUUGUACCACUUAAAGAUUCAACUAUUGGAAUAUUAUCCUCAAAUACUUUUAAUGUAGAAUUAAAGUUAAAUUCUUCCAAAUUUAGAAACCUAGGAGAAAUAAUGGUAAUAAAACCAUUAAAAAACGAAAAAUUAGUUUUAGCUGGUUAUGAAGGAGGAAAGUUAAUUCUAUGGGAUAUUCGACAAAAAAGCAUUUUGAGUUCUUUAUUAAUAGAAACAUGUCCAAUGGCUUUAGAUUUUGAUACUACUUUAAUGAAAGGAAUUAUUGGUGGCCCAUCUGACAAAAUACAGAUAUUUUCUUUGUCAGAUAAUAAUUUAUUGCAUGAUAAGAGUAAAAUAACUCUGAAAAAUCCAGGCACUUCUGUAAUCUCAAUACGACCAGAUGCUAAAAUUGUGACAGCUGGAGGGUGGGACAGUCGAGUUAGAAUAUUUUCUUGGAAAAGCUUGAAACCAUUGGCUGUUUUAGAUCAACACAAGGAUACUGUGCAAGAUAUUAGUUAUUCUACACAAAGAUUAAAAACAUAUGAUGAUAAAUGCAUAAUGGCAACAGCUGCAAAAGAUGGAUAUGUAGCACUAUGGGAUAUUUAUAAUUAA